CCCUGGGUCCCGUCGCCACAAGCCGCCGAAACUCUGGACCAGGCGCACUUUCCUCCCGGUCGUCCCUCGCCUUGGCCGGAGUCGGGCGCACACCAUGUCGGUCGCGGUCAGCAACAGGUUCCAAGGAGGGAAGGCGUUCGGCUUGCUCAAAGCUCGGCAGGAGAGGAGGCUGGCGGAGAUCAACAGGGAGUUCCUCUGUGACCAGAAGUACAGCGAUGAAGAGAACCUGCCGGAAAAGCUUGCAGCCUUCAAAGAGAAAUACAUGGAGUUUGAUCUGAACAAUGAAGGCGAGAUUGAUCUGAUGUCUUUAAAGAGGAUGAUGGAGAAGCUGGGGGUCCCCAAGACCCACCUGGAGAUGAAGAAGAUGAUCUCGGAGGUGACAGGGGGUGUCAGUGACACCAUCUCCUAUAGAGACUUUGUGAAUAUGAUGCUGGGCAAGCGGUCUGCUGUCCUCAAACUGGUCAUGAUGUUUGAAGGAAAAGCCAAUGAGAGCAGCCCAAAGCCAGCCGGCCCCCCUCCAGAGAGAGACAUUGCCAGCCUGCCCUGAGGACCCACCUGGACCUUCUGGCCACCUCCCCCCACACCCCCCACACCCUGCUUUCUCAUUGUGAGCUGUCUUCUG